AUGUAUUGCAUUCAGUUCGUGUAUUUUGCAGCAGUGCUGUUGGUAACAACUGCAGCCAUCACUGAGAAAAAGAUGGGUUCUGGAUAUGGUGUAGAUAUCUAUAUUAUUGAUACUGGUGUUGAGACCACUCAUUCAGAUUUUAGUGGUCGUGCUGAAUGGGAAAUGACUUUUGUUGAUAGCUACUCUCCAGGGACAGAUCUUCAUGGACACGGUACUCAUUGUGCUGGUACAGUAAUGGCUGAUACUUGGGGACUAGCUAAAAAGGCUACAGCUAUUGCUGUGCGAGUUUUGGAUGAAUAUGGCUCUGGUUAUGUCAGUGGUGUAGUCAGUGGUAUUAACUGGGUUGUUGAGCAACAUUAUAAAAAAGGUCGAAGAUCAGUUGCCAAUUUGUCAUUAGGAGGAGGCUACUCUUAUUCACUCAAUACUGCUGUUGAUUCUGCUGUAUCUAAUGGUGUUCAUAUGGUUGUAGCAGCUGGUAAUGAGAUGACUGAUGCAUGUUAUCGGUCUCCAGCAUCAGCUCAAUAUUGUAUUACUGUAGCUGCUAGUGACAGUGAUGAUGAUUUUGCCUAUUUCAGUAACUAUGGUACUUGUGUUGACAUCAUUGCUCCAGGUGUCUAUAUUACAUCAACAUGGCUUAACAAUAACGUGGCAAUUCUUAGUGUUUUAGAAAGAUGUUGUCUGCUCUCCACCACACCAAUAUCUACUGAAGAUAAGAUUAUUGGUCCCAAGUCUUCAACAUCAAACAGGUCCCUGUUUAAAGAUUGCAUUUCUGACGAAAUGAUGAGUGAGCUAAUUUGCUAA